CUGCAAUACGAAGUCAUCGGAACAGCUCCCAGUGUGGCAUCGAUGAUACACUUAUCGACCUCGGUUGAUACCUAGCACACGUUUCCACGCUAUCCGUUGAUUGUCUGAUUAUCACGGCCAGCAGCAGCAGCGGCGACGGCGGCGACAGUGGCACACAGAACCGCAUCAGUAGCACCGAUCACCUGCAACUGCUGACACCACAACAAACCCGGACAGGAGGAGGCGGAUCGACAGGAAGAGAUCGAGCGCGACUAUCCCACGACGUGGAAUUCCUGAUUUCGCAGCUUUUGCUGUGAAAGCUGCGAAAUCAUCGUCAUCAUCAUCAACAACAGAAACGUUUCUUUCUGACGGAACGAUCUGGAUAUCUUGGACGUGUAGAGAGACAGAUAGAAAAGAAACGAAUGGAAGCCAACAGUCGAGAGCACGACGAGCAUUCCGCCAAGGAGACGCUUCUCGUGCAGAAGAACAACGGGCAAGGACCGAGAACAGAGCAGUUGGGCGAUGCAGAACUCCGUCUGGACAUCGACGAUUCGGGACUGCAACGAUAUCUGCCGCGUUUCCUGCGGUUCGCGUUCGCGGACGCCGACGUAGAGAAGCAAUAUCUCGAUUAUUACAAAGACGAGAAAUGCCUCGAUUUUCGAACGUGGUUUCCCACCGCGUCGGCGGUCAACGUCGCCAUAGCCGGCGUGUACUUGAUCUGUUUGUUGAAAGGAAAAUAUGCUGCGAUCCCUCCUAUCGUCAUCCUGACCUGCGUCGGCGUCCUUCUCAUGAUAUCCGCCAGGUUACUUGGAACCCGGCGGAUUCUCGCUCAAGGCCUACUGUUCUUUCUGAUCAUGGUAGCUAUUUUCGUUCAAAUGGGCCACAUCGUAAGUGACAUCUAUAUCUUUCCGAUUCCACGACAAGCGAGCGACGCUGUUGCUUGGAUCCUGUUAUACAGUUUCGCACUGUACGUGUUGUUUCCGUUCAGGCUGAAUACGGCGUUGUUUUGUUCGUUCAUCACCGCUGUUGUUCACGUGGCGCUAGUCAUCGAUACGAGCAAAGACGCCGUGCAGGACAACCUCACCCAGAUCGGAGCCAAUCUUGUGCUUUUCGUCUGUGUCAAUCUCCUCGGUAUGAUGUGUUAUAUGUUCUUUGAAAAACUUCAACGGAGGGCGUUCCUCGAGACCCGUCAAUCGCUCGAGGUCAAACUGGUUGUGGAAGAGGAAUCUAAAGAGCAGGAGAGAUUACUGCUCUCAGUGUUGCCGAAGCACGUCGCAAGUGAACUCAAGAGGGAUCUGGAUUCGGUCGUGGACGGACCCUUCAAGAAGAUCUACAUGUCCAGACAUGAAAACGUCAGCAUUCUCUUUGCGGACAUCGUCGGCUUCACGGCCUUCUCAUCGACCUGUUCGGCCGCGGAUCUCGUCCGGACCCUCAACGAACUCUUCGCCAGGUUCGACAAACUCGCUGAGAAAUAUCACCAAUUGCGGAUCAAGAUUCUCGGAGACUGCUACUACUGCAUCUCCGGUGCGCCGGAAGAGAGAAGGGACCACGCUGUCCUCUGCGUGCACAUGGGUCUCAGUAUGGUUGAAGCCAUAAAGUCUGUUCGCGAACAGACAAAGUCUGGCAUCGACAUGAGGGUCGGUAUCCAUACGGGCGCCGUGCUAGCCGGAGUGCUCGGUCAGAGACAAUGGCAGUUUGACGUCUACUCGAGGGACGUCGUUUUGGCGAACAAGAUGGAGUCAGGCGGAUUGCCGGGCCGUGUCCACAUAUCUGACGCGACGCUGAAUUUCCUCGACGACGAAUUCGAGGUGACGAACGCUGACGGAGCCUCGAGAGAAGAAGCGAUACGUCUAGCAGGAAUCAGGACGCUCUUCAUAACCAAAGUUCUCAAGCCGUAUCCCGAAGGAACCCUCGACGUCGCAAAGAGUCCAACGGCUCGAGGUCACUCGUCAUCGGGUGCAGCAUGUGUUUCCAUCGACGCUCCGAAUGGACCGUCAGAUUACCGGAAACGGCUGCAACAAGAACUUUUGGAGAGGGAUACCGUGGCUCAGCUGGCUCGUUUCGUGAACCCCUUCACGCUGUACUUCAAGAAUAGGGAAUACGAGCAACAAUAUACGGCGAUCAAUGACUCGUCCAACUGUAUAAGUCUGGUGGCUUUCCCCCUCAUAACUCUAUGCAACGGUGUCGUGUUUUUGGCAUUGUUAGACAGCUCGCCGUUCUCAUCGUUAGUGUACUCGAUUGCACUAAUUGUUCUUAGCAUCCUCACCGGCCUUUGCGUCACGCCGCUGUUGGUGAAGUCGGCACCGAAAACCGUGACGGCGAUGUCUACAGCGGUUCAGGCUAAAUCUUCAGCCAGAUUUGCGAUUGUUCUCGUCAUUGUGAUAGGAUGGACGUUACUGCACGCAGUAACCACGGUGUUUGCCGGCCUUCAGGCCAACUCCACGGAGCCUCCAGAAUUGUCGGAAUUUUCGAGUCUCAGCCCGUCAUCAAACCCCUGUCCUUUUCCUGCGUACAGCACAUACAUCGCCAUCAUCGGACUUGUGGCGGUUACGCUGUUGACACACGUCAGCUAUCUCGUAAAGCUGCUCCUGAUUCUGCUCAUCGUUGGUGUGCAAAGUCUUCUGAAUCUAAGUGUACUCAAGAUCCCUUUCGACAACUUCGAUUAUCGAGUUUACGCGUCGGAACUCGAUGACGGCUUCAUAUUGCCUAUCGGACAUGGGAGCUUGCUGUGUCUCUAUCUUGCCAUCGUAGGCUUUUCGUUGAUCAUGUGCUGCCGCCAGUUGGAGUACACGACACGACGACUUUUCCUCUGGCAAAAGGAACUCGAUACCCAAAAACAAAAGGUCGCCGAAAUGCGUCACAAGAACGAAGCUCUCAUCUACAACAUUCUCCCGCCACAUGUGGCCAAACAUUUCUUAGGAACACGUAAAAACGAUGAGGAGCUCUACUCGAAGAGUUACGAAGCGGUAGGAGUCCUUUUCGCUGCAAUGCCGAACUUCAGCGAUUUUUAUACCGAAGAUGACGUCAACAACCAAGGUUUGGAAUGUCUGCGAUUCCUGAACGAAGUCAUCAGCGACUACGAUGCUCUCCUGGAGCAGCCUCGUUUCAAAGGCAUAUACAAGAUCAAGACAAUUGGAUCGACGUACAUGGCAGCUAGUGGACUCUCAGAGGACACCAAGCAGGAAGGCGACUGGGAGCAUUUGGCUCGACUGACCGAGUUCGCGCUCGCCCUCAAAGACACCCUGAACACGAUCAACAAAGAGAGUUUCAACAAUUUCGUUCUCAAAAUGGGAAUCAACCAAGGACCAAUCACUGCUGGGGUAAUCGGGGCGCGGAAACCUCACUUCGACAUCUGGGGGAACACGGUUAACGUCGCCAGCAGAAUGGAGUCCACCGGAAAAGCGGGCUAUAUCCAGGUGGUUUCCGAGACGAAGGAUAUCCUCGAGACGUUCGGCUUCGAAUUCGAACAACGAGGUCUUGUGACUGUGAAAGGGAAAGGACAGCUGAUGACGUAUUAUCUCAUAGGUCGGAAGAAGAACGGGAAGAACGCUGGAGGCGGCGGCGGCGGCGGAGGAGGAAAAACUUAA